AUGCUGGAGUUUGGCGACAACCCUAAGGCGGGUAUCUACAUCGCCAACUCUAGAGUGGGUGCCCUGCAUAUUGCACGCCUCUGCACUAAACACUGUGUGGCAGCGUCGCUGCAUGUAGCGGAGGGUGCGGAGAUUUUACUUGUCUCGGCGUACUUUCAGUACGCUGAGCCCAUUGAGCCACACAUUCUGGAGGUCGACAGGGUGCUGGACCAUCUACAAGGAAAGAGUGCCGUUAUUGGUGUGGAUGCGAACGCACACUCGCCUAUAUGGUUCAGUCACCAGCGUCAUUACACUGGGAGGGGCCAAGACGCUGUGAACAUAAGAACCCAGACUGAAGACUUCAUAAAUGGCAGGGGUCUCAUCAUUGGGAAUCGCGAGGGGCAGCCAUAUACGUUCAGUGGCCCCAACGGCGAUUCCAAUAUAGACCUGACUCUGACGACCAGAGGAGCCGUUGUUUCGGACUGGAAAGUCCACAGUGACAUCUCCCAG